CCUUUAACCAAAAAUAGGAACUGUAAAUAAAAAUCAAGAAUUUAAUUAAAUUAAUAGCUAUUUAACAUACUUCUGUGAUUAAAUCAUAAAGGAUGACUUUACCAAGGCGUUUUCCACAUAAUAAGCAAAUUAUUAAGCGGAUACAAAACACAGUUAAGCCAGAAGAAGGCACGAAAUUUAUCUCUAAUAGAAAUCCAAGAAAUCUUGAGUUUUUAAGAAUUGCUGAGAAACCAAAAGGCUACUUCCUUGAUACACCAUUCAGUAAGCCUGCAUACUUUUGGCACAAACUAGUUGUUACUCCGUCUGCAAAAUAUGUGACUGCUGAACUAGUUCAUCAUCAAAACGGUGUAGUUAUUGAAGCAUCAACGAAAGAAUGGGCUUUAAAGAAGCAACUGUUUAAGACAUCUGAUACAUCAGCUUAUAUUAAUCUUGCAAGAGUAUUUGCUAAUCGAUGCCUAGAAUGCGGAAUCACAGAAAUGAGUACGAAGCCAUUGGAAGGUCCAAAAGUCGAAAGAUUCAUGAGCAUCCUUAGAGAUAAUGGAUUAAUACUGACGGAACCGCCUCAAAUCGAUACAUGGUCAGAUUUAACAAUUAACAGAUACCAAGGCAAAAGAAUUGUACCUAAUGACUGGAAAGAAAUAGUAGAAGAGCAUUAAAAAAUAGUCACUUGAUAAUAGUACAUUUUUCUGAAUCCCAUGAAA